AUGUCCCUUGAACAGCUCCCACUUGGUAAGGAAAGUGUAAGUGUGAGCCAAUCCGAUGGACGCAGCGGUUACAUGUCCCAUAUGGAGUUUGUGUCGGCCUUAUUGCGCAAAUCUACCGUAUUUGUUGAUCAAACUCCUGAACUACGAAGCAACCCCACCGUCUUUACGCCCCUAACCCUGCCCUCCCACCCAUCCGCAACCUCUUCGGUCCCGAUGUCGACCUCGGCUCAUUUCAAACUGAGCGACUUUCCUCACAAAGUCCUCGACCCGAUCGCCACCCUCACCGUCCCACCGACCUACGCAACCAUUAAGCGUGCCCAACGCCAGCUCAUGACUAACGCCGCCGCCAUUCCCACACUCAACGGAGGUGGCGCCCACGGCCAUAUGGCCUUGACCCUGACCGCCCUUGCCUACGCCGACAUCAGCGACGUCCCGUUUGUCAUUCCCGUCGCCCCUCCGGCCAAUCCGCCUCCCGGCGCCACGCAACCGCAAAUCACCGAAAACAACCGCAUUCAUCAACACGACGCUGACAUCUACAACCUUUAUGUUGCCGUCAACAACGCGCUUCGCCAGCAACUUCUCGACGCAGUCCCCCGCAUUUAUGUCCGCGCCCUCGCCCAUCCCAUGUUCGAGUUUAGCAACGUCACUUGCCUUGACUUGCUCUCGCCCCUCUGGACCAAAUACGGUACCAUCAAGCCCGCCGAGCUCCAGAAAAAUUUCCAGUCCAUGUACACCCCUUGGAACACAACCGAGCCGAUUGAAUCAGUUUUUCUUCAGCUCGACGAGGCCAUCGCUUUCUCUGUUGAUGGUAACAACCCCAUCUCGGAAGCUGCUGCUGUUCGCGCCGGCUACGAAGUCAUUGCGCACUCGGGCCUGCUCCCCCUGGACUGCAAAGAAUGGCGCAAAUUGCCUACUGCUGCUCACACCCUUGCCCAUUUCCAGCAGCACUUUUCCCUUGCCGACGAAGACCGGCGCCUCACGGCCACCACCGCAAAAACCGGUGCCAUACAAGCGCCACGUGCAAGAACAAGGCCCCUGGCCAUCGCGACGACGCGACCGCCACCAACACUCUCGGCGGCUCCACCAAGGUUUGGACCGCUCCCAAGCCCCCUGAAUAGGAAAGAGGGACGGCUACGCCAAUGUCUUAAUUCAUCUGUAGUCCCCUCCCCGCCUAGUCCCCAUACCUCGGCCAUUGCCGACACCGGUUGCACCGGCCAUUACAUCACCGUCAACUGCCCCCACACCCACAAACGUCCGGCAAGCCCCAGCCUUGCCGUACGUGUCCCUAACGGCGCCGUCCUCCGCUCAAGCCACAUUGCCACCCUGGCCCUCCCUGGCUUCUCCCCUUCUGCUUGCCAGGCCCACAUCUUCCCCGGGCUCACCUCACACCCACUCAUUUUGAUUGGACAACUUUGUGACGACGGCUGCACCGCCACUUUCUCAGCCACACGCCUCGAGAUCCACCGCGACACUACACUACUCCUCUCCGGCACUCGUGCACCCACCACCGGCCUCUGGCACCUUGACCUUACCCCUGCCAAGCCUCCUGCCACAGCCCACGCUCUUGUUCCCAACACUCCCCUUGCUGACCGCAUCGCUUUUGUUCAUGCCUCGCUCUUCUCCCCGGCUAUCUCCACAUGGUGCCAGACCCUCGACUCCGGCCAUCUUGCAACCUUUCCCGAACUUUCCUCCCGCCAGGUCCGCAAGCAUCCACCUCAUUCCCCCGCCAUGGUCAAGGGCCACCUCGACCAACAAUGCGCAAACCUUCGCUCCACCAAGCUUCCCCCUGUAGGUUCCCCCAUCACGACGGAACCCCUUGCCGCCGCUGUGCCCGACCUUGACCCUCCCGACGCCCACGACGUCACAUGCACACACCAUGUCUUUGUUGCCCACCAAUGGGUUACCGGUCAGAUCUACACGGACCAACCGGGCCGCUUCCUCACUCCCUCCAGUGCCGGCCACAACGAUAUGCUUGUUCUUUAUGAUUAUGACAGCAAUGCUAUCCACGUCGAACUCAUGAAGAACAAUCCUUCAUGUCCUCCGAGCACGUGGACUUUCAGCUGGCACCCCCCCCAUCUACACCGCCGUAAUGCAGCCGAACGGGCCAUCCGCACCUUCAAGAACCACUUUAUUGCUGGUCUCUGCACCACUAACCCGGAUUUUCCCUUGCAUCUUUGGGACCGCCUCCUCCCACAGGCCCUCAUUACCCUCAAUCUUCUUCGUCGCUCCCGCAUCAAUCCCAAGUUGUCCGCCCACGCACAACUUCACGGUGCCUUUGACUACAACCGCACCCCGCUCGCUCCUCCUGGCACUCGCGUCUUAGUUCAUGUCAAGCCCGCUGUUCGCGAAACCUGGGCCCCCCAUGCUGUUGAAGGUUGGUAUCUCGGCCCCGCUCUCAACCAUUAUUGCUGCCAUCGCGUCUGGAUCACGGAAACACGUGCCGAACGUGUUGCUGACACCCUUUCCUGGUUCCCGACCCGCAUUCCCAUGCCCGCCGCUUCGUCCACCGACCGCGCCCUGGCCGCCGCCCGUGACCUAGUCCAUGCCCUCCAGAAUCCUUCCCCUGCAUCUCCGUUCGCCCCCCUUGAUGCCACCCAGCACCAGGCCCUUACCGACCUCGCCAAUCUCUUUGCCACUGUGGCCGCCCCAGCCGACGACGUCCCUGCACCCGCUCCGGUGCCUCCGGUCCGUCCCCCUGCCCCAGCAACUCCCGGUCCGUCCCCCUGCCCCAGCAACUCCCCUUGCGCAGGUCCGUUUUGCCGUUCCUCUUGUCACGGCCGAACAUGCCCCGGCACUUCCGAGGGUGCCCAUUCCUGCCCCAGCACUUCCGAGGGUGCCCACCCUGGCCACCUAUCACUCUCGCACCGGCAACCCCGGCCGUCGCCGCCGCACCGCACGCAAACAACCGGCAACCCCAACCCUAGUCCCGGCGCAUCCCCUGUUACCGAGUACUACCAAAGCACAAGCGUAGGACAGAUCGCUGUUAGGACAACAGCGGAUACGAGGACCUAUGCGUAG